AUGCCUGCUACUGUUUAUGUUCCCGAGCCUCCACGGGAGACUCUCCCUGUUCAAAUCCCGGACCAAAAUGCCAAUAGAGCAGCAGCCGAUAAAUCUACAAUCUCGAAGGCUGAGGAUGCGACUCUCAAGACUGUAGAUAGUCUUAUCCGGCAACGUGCGGCAAGAUAUCCUGACAAGCACAUCGUUUCGUAUCCACGAUCUGGUGUGCAAUAUGUCAACUACACCCUGAGACAGCUAGACGUGUUCGCAUGGAGGGCAGCCAAUUGGUAUUCCAAAAGCCUGCCCAGUAGGAAGAGCUCAUCAGGGAAGCCAAGUGUCAUAGCUGUUCUUGGGCCAUCCAACUUGGAGUAUCUUAUAACCCUCCUGGCACUGACCAAACUGGGCCAUUCGGUGCUUUUCUUAUCGACUCGCCUUAGUAUUCCGGCAGUUGAGUCGUUGAUGAAGACCACUUCUGCCAACACUAUCAUCGGUCAUGGUCGCCACUUGAGUACUGCGACAGAGGCGCAGAAGAUUCUUCCUGGCGUUGAGGUCCUGGAGAUGUCUGAUCGAAGCGAUUUUGAGUAUCCGAUCGAAGCCCAUGGGAAUACGCAAUUGGACGCCCAUCUUGACCCAGAAGUUGAGCAAAACAACAUAGCGUUCAUUAUUCACUCCAGCGGGUCUACCGGCUUGCCAAAACCAAUUUACCAAACUCAAAAGUCCUGUCUGGCCAACUACUCCUUCAGUAUGAACAUGAAAGCCUUCAUAACAUUGCCACUGUUUCAUAACCACGGCAUCUGCAAUUUAUUUAGAGCAAUCUACAGCCUGAAGUCAAUUCACCUCUACAACGCUGAGCUGCCCCUGACUCAAGAAUAUCUGAUCGACAUUCUUUCACAGCACCAAUUUGAAAUAUUUUACGGUGUGCCAUAUGCUCUCAAACUUCUUUCCGAGACACAAAAUGGCAUUGACGUACUUCGAGAACUGAAAAUCGUCAUGUAUGGCGGGUCUGCUUGUCCGGAUGACUUGGGUGAUCUACUAGUUGAGAAUGGAGUCAACCUAGUUAGUCACUACGGCGCCACCGAAAUCGGACAACUCAUGACCUCCUUCCGGCCAGAAGGGGACAAGGCAUGGAACUAUGUUCGCGAAACGGACAAGUUGUCACCCUACCUUUACUGGAAACCUCACGGCUCACAUCUGUACGAGUGUGUCGUUACUGAUGGCUGGCCAUCCAAGGUUCAAUCCAACCAGCCUGAUGGAUCUUAUGCAACCAAAGACUUGUUCGAGGCGCAUGCUAGCAUUCCCAGGGCCUGGAAGUACAUUGCUCGUUUGGACGAUACCAUCGUAUUAGUUAAUGGCGAAAAGUUCAACCCUGUCGCCAUGGAAGGCACAAUAAGGUCAAAUAAGAACGUUGCAGAAGCCGUUGUGUUUGGCGCCGGUCGGCCGUAUCUGGGAAUGCUAAUUGUACCUGCAAAGAACAUGGCCGGAAAGACGGACUCGGAAAUUCUGGACAUCAUCUGGCCAGUUGUUGAGUCUGCAAAUGAAGCGGCCGACGGGUUUGCCCAAAUUUCCAGAGCUAUGAUCAAGUUGCUGCCACAUGAUUGCGAGUAUCCACGAACCGACAAGGGCAGCAUCAUCCGGCAGGCUUUCUACAGGACAUACGAAGCAGAAAUUCAGGAAAUGUAUGAUACUGCUGACAUUAGCGCAUCCGGCGAUGAUUUGCGACAGAUGGACCUUCCAGAGCUUCGGAAUUUUAUUCGUCAACUGGCAAAGGAUGCUCUGCAGAGUGUGCCAAGCUUGGCGGAUGAUGAGGACUUCUUCACUCUAGGUCUGGACUCUCUACAAGCGAUACAAAUGAGGAGCGAGAUUCUUAAAACUAUCGAUAUUGGAGGAAAGCGACUAGGGCAAAAUAUUGUUUUUGAGAAUCCCUCUGUCGAAAAGCUAAGCAGAUUCCUCCAUAGUCUCCGUCUUGGAGAUUACCCAGAUACGAGCAUUUCUGUGGAGAAAGAGAUGGAAUCACUCAUUGAGAAGUAUACGAACGUUGGUGUUAAUAUUGGAGACAAAGCGUCUGCUGUGGUGGUGACGGGAGCAACAGGCUCACUUGGAGCACACGUUGUAUCUGAGCUCGCGCAGAUGAGCAGUAUUCACCAAAUCUACUGUCUCGUUCGCGCGGAUGAUAUCUCCCAAGCUAUGCGAAGAGUAAGGUCUUCCCUCAUACGGAGAAAAGUCUACCAUCGCCUCACUCUCACUGCCAGGAGAAAGAUCGUUGCCCUGCCCUCCGACUUUGCCAAGCCGGAAUUGGGUCUCAACGAAACAAGCUAUGCAGAGAUUACCAGUAGACUCCUUGCUGUGAUUCACUGCGCUUGGUCGGUCAACUUCAACAUGCACCUGUCCAGUUUCGAGAAAGGCAAUGUAGCCGGUGUCUCUCACCUCCUAUCACUUUGUCGCUCUGCACAGCCUCCUGCGUCGAUGAACUUUUGUUCAUCAGUGAGCACAUGCUCACGGGCGACAGAAACGCCAGUGCCAGAACGAUGUCCGGAUCUAGAGUGGGCACAGGAAAUGGGAUACGCACAGUCAAAGUCCGUUGCUGAACACUUAUGUGCGAAAGCUGCCGACCAAGGCAUCACCACAAGAGUGCUCCGGGUUGGCCAAAUUGUGGGUGAUUCCAAACACGGUGUAUGGAAUGCUCAAGAAGCACUGCCUAUGAUGAUGCAGACGGCCCUUACGGUUGGGGCAUUGCCGCAACUCAGGGAGACGCCGUCCUGGCUGUUUGUGGACGUUGUUGGGAAGGCUGUUGUCGAGAUUGCGCUCUCGGAUGCUGGGAGCGUCUUUGCAAACGUAACGAACCCUCACAUGUUCAGUUGGAUGGACGAUCUGCUACCUGCUUUACGCGAGUCUGGCCUUUCCUUUGAAGAAGUCGAGCCGAAGGAAUGGGUUCGACGGUUACGCGAGUCGAAUCCUGAUCCGACCGUGAACCCGCCGAUCAAGUUGGUGGACUUUUUUGCUUCCAAGUAUGACAAGGAGUUGUCCGAAUUCAAGCCCUCGAAGUCCUUUGCGACAGAGAUUGCCUGUUCGUUAUCACCAAGUCUUGCUGCGGCGCCUGUCCUGAAUCAAGACCUGGUGGAUAAGUUCGUGAAAUACUUUCUGAAUACGGCAUGGGCAUCACAGGUCAGAACAGCAACUUCGAAGACGGUCAUUAUAGUUGCAGGCCCAUGUGGCACAGGGAAAACGACAAUUGGCACAAGUCUAGCUCAACAAGCUAGAGUACCCUUUAUUGAAGGUGACUCAUUACACACGGAGAGCGCAGUAGCUAAGAUGAGAUCUGGUAUUGCAUUGACAGAGCAAUAUCGCAUGUCGUGGCUUGAUCGUAUUAUACGACACUCUGUAGAAGCUGUCAUGGAGCUUGGAUACAGCCAAACGGUGGUCAGCUGUUCUGCCUUGACUGUUGAGUUGCGCCGAAUCAUUCGCGAUGGGCUGGCAAAGGCGUCCGUCGGUGUCGUGUUUAUAGAUUUACAGGCAGACCGGGAUGUUCUCUUGCAACGAGUCCAAGCUCGUACUGGUCACUAUAUGGGUGAUAAAAUGGUCGACGGACAGGUCGAGUUGUACGAAAAAGCUGGGGAGAGUGAGAUAGAUGUUCUCCCUGUUGAUUCUGGUGCGGAAAAGGACGUGGUGCUUUCGGAGAUAAUGUCGGUGUUGGAAAUGAUGAAGAAUUGA